CCGAGUAAUCAAAGUGAAUGGAGUUACUAGACCAGAUUGGGCAAAAGUUAGUGCUAGAAUAACAGUGCGUUGGCCAUCGUCUGCUCCUUUUUUAAAGGAUUUUCCAGCAAAGUGGUUAGAACAUAAAUUUGGAGGCAGAAACCUAUAUUUCUUAUUUUAAACAUACCUGACAGUAAUCGUUUUGGCAAGAAUAUUUUUCAGCGUGGGCAAAAAAAAGAAAACAUGUUAGCACUAAGCUAGCUGGUGCUAAUAUCAGGCUAGUAUGUGGUGAAUGAGAUACACGGAUACACAGUGAUGGUUAAACUGAUGUAAACCGACGGACUAUGAGCUCUUCGGAGUCUAAAAUCCACUUAAUCACCACACACGAAGACUAUAUUCAUUUUUGAUCAACUGUUUGGAAACUUCGGAACUAGCCCGUAAAACCAAGAGUGGCAAUGUCACGUGAUGGAUGGUUAUGAGUUUUAGCGGCCAGACAGGAAAACCAUGGAACAGGUUGAGCAACCUACCUCAGAAAUUAAAUGUGACAGCCCUGUAGCCCAAAACCAUGUGACAUUGACAGGAAUUAUGGAGGGCCAACCCUCUCCACGGCCAGACUUGAACUCUGCACACGCACAGAUUCUUGAAGUCACAACAUGGAUAGCUGCACAGGAGGAUGAGUCUGCAUCCUCUGAUUGUGGAGGUAUGUCAGAUCUGCAGGAGCUGGGCUCGGUAGCAGCUGAGGAGGGCAGUGAGACAUCUGAUGCUACAGGAAAAGAGGCCUCACCUGGCAGCAAGGGAUCAUGGGGGGUGAAUCUACAGAAUGGAGAUGGAGCAGAGAAGGAGAGUUCUCAAAAGAAAGGCAAUGCUCCCAUAACAGCUCAGACUUUUUCAGAUCCAUUACAGGUUCCCUCCCUCUCAUUGUCUGACCAGUUACAGCUGGGUCGGGACGACCCCAGCAGUUUGGGACUGAAUGUUGAAUGCCGCAUUUGUGGAGAUAAAGCCUCUGGAUUUCAUUAUGGAGUUCAUGCUUGUGAAGGCUGCAAGGGAUUUUUUCGACGUACCAUUCGUAUGAAGCUGGAGUACGAGCGGUGUGAGCGUGCCUGUAAAGUCCAUAAAAAAAACCGGAACAAAUGUCAGUACUGUCGUUUCCAGAAGUGCCUGGCACUUGGCAUGUCCCACGAUGCAAUCAGGUACGGACGUAUGCCAGAAGCAGAGAAGAAAAAGCUAGUGGCAGGGCUCCUCGCUGGGGAGAACCUGCAAAGCUCUGGGGGGGGUGACCUCAAAUCCCUGGCCAAGCAUGUCAACACGGCCUACCUGAAGAACCUCAACAUGACUAAGAAGAAAGCACGGAGCAUUUUGACGGGCAAGACGAGCUGCACAGCGCCAUUUGUGAUCCAUGAUAUGGACUCACUAUGGCAGGCAGAAAAUGGGCUGGUCUGGAACCAGCUUAAUGGAGCGCCACCAAACAAGGAGAUUGGGGUACAUGUCUUCUACCGCUGCCAGUGCACAACAGUGGAAACUGUACGAGAACUCACAGAGUUUGCCAAAAACAUCCCUGGCUUUGUGGAUCUCUUUCUUAAUGAUCAGGUAACGCUGUUAAAAUAUGGAGUUCAUGAGGCCAUAUUUGCAAUGCUCCCAUCUCUCAUGAAUAAAGAUGGGCUGCUUGUGGCCAAUGGGAAGGGCUUUGUGACGAGAGAGUUCCUGCGUAGUCUGCGCAAACCUUUCAAUGAGAUCAUGGAGCCCAAGUUUGAGUUUGCGGUCAAAUUCAAUGCUCUGGAGCUCGAUGACAGUGACCUUGCUCUGUUUGUGGCAGCCAUCAUACUGUGUGGAGACCGUCCUGGACUGAUGAACGUGACACAGGUAGAGCAGAUCCAGGAUAGAAUCUUGCAAGCUCUGGACCAGCAUCUUCAGGUGCACCACUCUGACUCUACUCAUCUCUUUCCCAAACUACUUCAGAAGAUGGCUGACCUAAGACAACUGGUCACAGAGAAUGCCCAACUUGUUCAAUUGAUCAAAAAAACUGAAUCUGAGACCUCCCUCCACCCGCUUUUACAAGAGAUCUACAAAGACAUGUACUGAAUUUAAGACUUAAGUUGCGCUUUCAUUGACUUGACAGGAGUAUGCACUCCAGAAUUCACUCCUGAAUGGAGAGAAUGCACAUAUCUAAAUGGUGCUGGUGGUGCCAUGGGAUUUUUUUUUAAUGAAUUUUGUAAAGGACUUUUACAAAUAUUGAGUUUGAUUACUGACUUUUUCUGAGAUUGUGAGAAGCGUUUUUUUAUUUAAACUCAAAUCUGUUCUUAUAUACAGGACAUUAGACAGUUAUCAUCUAGUUAUCAUUUACUACUACUGUCAUCAUGUUGUUCCUCAUUUGCUUGAUGAGGGUUAACACCUUUUUGAAGUGGUCUUUUUCAGCAUAAUUUUGUUUUGAAAGUACUUUUAAGUGAUAUAUAGUAUGUUUGUUUUUUCCCCCGGACAGAGCACAAAGCAGCUCAGAAUACCACAUAUGGAUGUGUUUUGUGUUUGUGGGGCUUUUAUUUUUGUGAUUCUUUUACUUCCCAUCUUGAUUCUGUUUGAUUAGGCACUUUUACUGAAGUAAAAGGUAUUCUCCACACAAAACUUCACAGCAGACAGGUAUAUUAUUUUGGAAUUGUGUUACUUUGUUGAGGAUGUUGUGUUCAGUGUCAGCUGCUAUAAAUAUAUAUUGGUAUUGAAAAUAAGGACAAAUCUGUUUAUUAAUUUACUUUAGUCAUCAUGCAGACUUUAACUCUUCCUUUGACAUAAACCUUUAACAGUGUGAAAACACCAUCUUUCCAGUUUUAUGGAAGGAAAUGUUGGCUCACUUUGUUCGUAAUAUACAUGUAACAGUUAUGAUGUGCUGAGCCAUUUUUUAUGCAUUAGUAAUGAUGCUUUUAUUAAAGCAUUCUGUCAGUUAUAAGCUUAAGGUUGAAUUUCCUGAAUUAAGACAUGACAUCACUUAUAUUUCAUUGUCUAUUUGAUAAACAGCUAUAUUAAGUAUGUCUCCCAUUAAUAUAUUGAAAUUUCACUCCUUAGGGGUUUUUAGUGGGCAAGUGGACAAUUAGAAAAUAUUGAUUGAAUAUGUUUUGCGAUUUAUGGUCAAACUUGUUACUGUGAAAGAGACAUGAAAUUACAACUAGCAUACUGUACUAAAGCUUAUUCCCAUGCCAUCCUGGACAUGUUUUAUUAUCAUAAUUGCAUCUUAGUAAAAAAUCCACCAAUGUAUUUCUAACUUUCCAGUCUAUGCCAUCUCAGAGGUCAAGAUGCACAGGUGUUAUAAGUUGUUUAAAAUUUGUAUGGAUCGUAGUAAAAAAA